AUGCAAUCCCUCAUGAAGUUCCCCAACGAACUUCUUUUGCAAGUGUCCUCGGACCUGACUGCACGCGACCUCAAUGCCCUCCUGCGCACCAACAAAUUCUUCGCCCGCCUCCUCACAACCCCACUACGCACCCUCGCCACCCAGGACGUCUACGGCACCCCCGCACUCGUCUGGGCCGCCGACCGCGGCCACUACCCACUCAUUGCCUACCUUCUUACUACCCCCAUCAUUUGUGUCAAUGCCGCAGACCCGCUCGGCGUUACAGCGCUCCACAAGGCGUCCAUAAAUGGCGACGCCGCCGUCGUCCGCCUGCUGCUCGAGAACGGAGCGGACGUCCACGCUAUAGAAACAAAGAUGGGCGCCACGCCGCUACACUGGGCCGCGCUCUACGCAAGAAGAGAGAUUGUACAGGUGCUUGUUGCGGCCGGCGCAGACGUCAACAGGGUCAGCGGCGUUUCGGCGCGGACCCCUCUGCAGAUGGCAUGUGUGGCGCGCCAUGGGCUCGAGGGGCGCUGGGUGCGGCUUGGCGGCGUGGGCGAGGGCGUGGACAUAGGAGAGCUACAGGAGAGGGCCGAGACGGCGGUGGUCGAGGUUGUGAGCGCGCUGCUGGCGCACGGGGCGCACACGUGGGUGCGCGACAACACGGGCAAGACGGUACUACAUCUAGCGGUCAAGCAUGUGGGCAAGUGGGGACACCACGGGAGCACGCUCCCGCAGGUGCUUAUCGAGGCGGGCGCAGAGAUGGGCGUGCUGGACCACCUGGGGUGGACGGAGCUACAGACGGCGGCGCUGUACGGGUGCGUGAGCGUUGUGCAGAUGCUGUUGGAGAAGGGCGCAAAAAUCGAGGACGCGAACCCGGCGACGGCGCUGCACGUUGCGGUACACCAUGGGAAGGUUGAGGUUGUGAGAUUGCUGCUGGAGAAGGGCGCGGACGUGGAUGUGCGGGACCGGAAGGGUAAGACGCCACUGCAUGAAGCGGUUUUGGGCGCGCCGCCGGAGCUCAGGAGACUCCUGUCCAAGAGCCGGGUGGAUGUUAUUCAGGGGGCCAAAGAGGAGAUGGUGAGGAUGCUACUGCGUCGGGGGGCCAGGGUCGAUGCUGUGGAUCCAAAGGGGAAGACGGCGCUGCAUUAUGCGGCGAGCGUGAGGGAUGCGGUCACGGUGGCCAUGCUGCUGGAGAACGAGGUUGCGCCGGCGGACGUCACAGUGAAAGAUGAGAAGGGCCGGACGCCGAGGCAGUAUGCUGAGGAGAAUGGGUGGAUGAGCGUUGUGGAGGUGCUGAGGUGCCGGGAGGAGGAAUUGGGGGUUGGUGCCGGCGUCGAUGGUGUUAUAGUUGAAGGCGGGGAGAGCAGUAGCAGUAGCAGUAGUAGCAGCAGCAGCGGUAGUAGUGACGAGGGAAAUGAUAGCUAG